AUGCCUUUCGCUCCAUUUACCGGAGUAAAUCACCAUUAUGGGUCAAUACAAUAUGGGUGUGCAUUUCUUCAAGAUGAAACUGAAUUGACUUUUGUCUGGUUGUUUAAGGCUUGGCUUGAAGCGAUGGGCGGGCGUCAUCCUGUUUCGAUUAUUACUGAUCAAGAUGCUGCGAUCGGUCUUGCUGAUAGAAAAGUGUUUCCAAAUACGCGUCACCGCUUGUGUCUUCGGCACAUAAAGAAAAAAUUUGGGGAGAAGCUAUCACACAUAUACUUUUCGAAGUCAAAGUUUAAACGUGAAUUGAAAAUUUGCAUCCAUUGGACAUAUGAAGUACACGAAUUUGAUGAAAAGUGGAAGACAUUGAUUAAAGAUUACAACCUACAUAACAAUGAGUGGCUUACAGAUCUAUAUGACAUUCGUGAAAAGUGGGUUCCAAUAUAUCACCGAAAUACUUUUUAUGCUGGAAUGAAUACAACGGGUCGUAAUGAAGGAGCAAAUUCAUUUUUUCAAGAUUUUGUCUCUCCAACAACCAACCUAACGGAAUUUGUGGUUAGGUACGACCAUGCAAUAACUAAAAUUGUUCAAAAAGAAAUGAAAGAAGAUUAUGUUUCGGAGCAUAAAGAUCGUGUUAUCUUUGGAAAAAAUCUUCUAUUGAAGCAUGCAGCCACCAUUUAUACGCGCAACAUCUUUGACAAGUUUCAAGAACAAUUAGUAGAUUCAAUUCGAUUCAAGUCUGAAGAGAUAUACUGUGAUGAGGUUUCCAAAACGUAUUUGGUCAAAGAUAAAGAGGGGCCUGCUAAAUUUACUGUGAAGUUGAAGCCCAACACAUAUGAAGCAUCAUGUACAUGUCAAUAUUUUGAAUUCAUGGGAUUGCCUUGA